AUGGCCGCGAGAGCCCUCAACUCCAUGUACAGGCUGGCGGUGCCUGCGUCCGUCUUCGCCUUUGCCGCCUCGCAGUCGCUGUUUGACGUCAAGGGCGGCACGCGCGCCGUCAUCUUCGACAGAGUGUCGGGUGUCAAGGAGGAUGUCAUCAACGAGGGCACGCACUUUUUGGUUCCCUGGCUGCAGCGCGCCAUCGUCUUUGACGUGCGGACCAAGCCCCGAAACAUUGCCACCACGACCGGCUCCAAGGAUAUGCAAAUGGUCAGCCUGACACUUCGUGUCCUGCACCGCCCUGUGGUCAAGCAGCUCCCCAAGAUUUACCAGAACCUCGGCGCCGACUACGACGAGCGUGUCCUCCCCUCCAUUGGCAACGAAGUCCUCAAGUCCAUUGUCGCCCAGUUUGACGCCGCCGAGCUCAUCACCCAGCGAGAGGCCGUGUCGCAGCGCAUCCGCGACGACCUGACCCGCCGCGCCGCCGAGUUCAACAUUGCCCUCGAAGACGUCUCUAUCACGCACAUGACCUUUGGUCGCGAGUUCACAAAGGCCGUUGAGCAGAAGCAGAUUGCCCAGCAGGACGCUGAGCGUGCGCGCUUCAUCGUCGAGCGCGCCGAGCAGGAGCGCCAGGCCAACGUCAUCCGCGCCGAGGGCGAGGCUGAGUCCGCCGAGACCAUUUCCAGGGCCAUUGCCAAGUCCGGCGACGGCCUCGUUCAGAUUCGCAGAAUCGAGGCUUCUCGCGAUAUCGCCGCUACCUUGUCCGCGAACCCCAACGUCGCGUACCUGCCGAGCGGCGGCAAGAACGGCGGCGGAGGCGGCGGCCAGUACCUGCUGUCUGUUGGCAGAGCAUAG